GUUCUGUCGAAGAGGUAGCUGUCUGUCCUGCAAAGUGCGAAGCGAAGUUUCUAGAUUCAACGCUUAAAGUCGGGAAGAGAUCGGCGAUAUAACAUGCAAGGACAAGGAAGGUCGGAUUAUAAGCUCGGGUUGUGGGAAAGAUCGAAUUGAAGUGACCUUCAACGGUGUGCAGCAACAAAAUGCCAAAAUAUUGGAGAAGCAAGAUGGCACUCAUGAGAUUCCAUUUGUGAUAAAUAAGCUUGGCCUAGGGACUCUUCAGUUUGAAGCAAAGAUCAAUGGUGUUGUGGCUCCAGGUUGUUCUCUUGAAGCAGAAGUGAAAUGGCAGCUAAGUGAUGAUCAUGGCAGUGGGUAUUUACGAAAGAACGAGCAAAUGGUCAACUGCAUGUCAGGAGAGGGUGAUGUGGGGAAGUACUGUUUCAGGUUGGGGGAUACACCUAUGACGUCAGGUAUUGUGAAAUAUUUAAAGGAUUGUUUAUACGUUUCAUUUAUGAUUCCGAAAGGCUGGAGGGGAGCAGUUGCCGCAGCUGCAAGAACUCGCCAUCCUUGCGCCGAUUAAAAAAGUAAUUAAAGUUAAUUAAAGUUAAUUAAAGUUAGAGUUAAUCAGUGGCGGCGCCAGGGGGGGCAAGGGGGGGCAAAUGCCCCCCCAAAAUUAUUUUUUGCCCCCCCAUUUUGCCCCCCCUCAAAAAAAAUUAUUAGUCACUAAAAGCGACUAAAAGCUACACAAGCGUUCUGUCGUUAUCGGAAAAUGUAUGGCUUAUAAGUUGUCAUUACUCAUUAGUGAAUGCGCAUAUACAUAUGAAGCUGUUUUUUACAGUUUCAAUAUUAGUUUGUAAAUCUCUGAAUGGUAAAACUUGCCAAUACUCCAAUAACACGUUUCAAAAAAAGACAAAAAAGCUUUAGUUUUGCAGAGUUAAAUUCUCAAACGUGUAAGGCAAUAAUAAGAUGAAAGUAUCACGAAAUUAUUUGAAUACACCACAUCGCAUAUAUGGGGAGCGAAUGUCCUAAAGAGGGACGAUAUUCCUAGGGUAUUCGCCCCACCCCCCUGGGAGGCGAUAUUCCUAGGAAUAUCGCCACGUUUUGAGGGGGGGGGCGAAUUUCCUGGGGGGGGGGGGCGACCUUUUUAAAAAUUCUAUCUUGCCCCCCCAAAAUUUGAGUUUGCCCCUCAAAUGCCCUCCCAAAUUUGGAAGCCUGGCGCCGCCACUGGAGUUAAUUACAAUUUAUCUCUAUGAAUUCUCGAUUUCAGAAGAACAUCACUGGAAAGUCGAAGUCAGCCAUGCAGUACAAGACGCAGAAGAGUGUCUCCAAGAUCCAGAGGACCCAACAUUUGAAGUUGGUGUCAUCGAAGCCGGCGGUGAUUAUUCUGAAGCCAGUAUCGUGGACGAAAUUACGAAGAAAUGGGUUUACUCUGGACCGGCGAAAAACAUUACCACUGUUUUUUUGAAUCUUGAUAUGGGGAGAAAGUCCUUGGCAAUUUCGCCUGGAAGGUCGAAGUUUAGUUUUCGACGGAAAGUAUUUCAUGUGAAUGCUGAUGUGGUGUUUCCGUUUUUUUCCGUGAACUGCCCGCACUGCAGUCUUAUUGUACAUAUUGUAAAAUGAACUCAUGCGAUUGUCAUGCCUAAAAAGGUUUAUUUUUUGAAAGCUAAGCACUACUUAGAAAAGCUUUCUACUUGCAAUCUCGUGUCUUCAUUACAGCAUUAUAUAGUGGUGAUAAUCAGAGCGCAAAACUAUAAUGUACAGACUAGGAUUGUCGUUUGUUGACGGGAAAAUUGUUGCAUGCGAAAUACAUGCAGUGGAGUAACAUAUAAUGCAUUGCUUAUAUUACACGAAACGUGAGCAACUGAACAAUUUAAAAUGAUAAAUUUUGUCUGUAUGCCAGCGAGGUAGGACAGUGUAGUGACUGUGUUCGACGUUGCUUGUUUAUUUCACCUCAGUCAUAUGCAAGAAAAGUGCACCGUGCUU